AUGCGCAAGAGAAUCGGCGAGUUCGAAGAUAUUGACAUCACCGACUCGUGCUCAAUCCGUGUCGCCAUCCCGUUCUUCCGGCUCGUUGCGGCCUUCAUCAUCGUCGACGGGCUCGCGGAGCUAUUCGGCGGCGCCCCGGGUACGUCCGCAUUCUCCAAAGAUCACGAAGAAAAAGAAAAGUCGGCAACGGAGAAGUCCUAUGGACGGAAGACGGUGCUCACCAGCCAGCAACCGCAGGAGAACAACUUUUGGGAGCCAGUGACGCACGCGUCCACUUCUGGUGGCGGGCUUUUCAACGCCGUCGAGGAUCACGACGCCGCAUAUGAGAGGGCGCUGGCUCGCGGAAAGAGGCGGCCGUUUGAGCCGAGGAAUGAGCAUAUGGCUCAGACCGAAAUUUCUGAGCCUCCGAGUCGCUGCCCGGCCGAGGACCUCGUCACCGAUCAGAAUAUGGAGGAGUUGCGGCGACGGCUUGAGGCCGAGCAACUGGAAUGGGGACAGGACGAGGAGGAGAACGAGGAUGAGGAGCAGGAGGAGGGCUCGAGAGAUCGACGAGCGAUGGACGAAUGUCCGGCGGCGAGAAUUCUGGCCGAGCUCGGGCUGACCAGCGACAUCUAUCAGAAUCCAAUCUCUGACCUGUCCCCCAUCGAGGAAGUUGAUACCCCGGCGUCGAGCAGCGAUUGGCGAGGCUCAAUCGAGAGUCGAAAUGGGCGCAUGAUGGGCGAACCGGGGCCGGAUCUCGGCGGCGACGACGAGGUGAUACAGCUCGACGAACAGGGUCGUGUGGUGGUGCAUGGUGGUGGUCGAGCAACAGCAGCCGAGAAGUCCCCUCCUCCCCCUGGCAAGGGCGAGAGUGCAGAGGGACCAGCCGAUGGGGGCAGAGACGCAGACGAAGCCGGCGAUCGAGACGACGACGCCUCCCACUCCUCCUCACAUCCACUAUCCGGUGGUGGGGACGCGCCGCCGUCGACUGAGGCUUCCGAGAUGGCACUUCUUGUACGAGGAGCACAGGUGGUCAACGACGACAGCGUGUUCAGCGCCGACGUCCUAGUGGAGGAUGGAAAAAUUACCCAGGUGUCGGCAGGGAUCGAUGCUCCACCCGGGGCGACAGUCAUCGAGGCGACAGGGCGUCUUUUGUUGCCGGCCGGCAUCGAUGUGCACACGUGUUUCUCGGCACCGGAUUCGGUUGACGAUUUCAAGACGGGCGGACAGGCAGCAGUGGCUGGGGGUACGGCUACGGUGAUCGAACUGGUAUCGCCAAGAGACAACGAGACACUCACCGCCGCUGUCAACCGCGUCAAAAAAUCGAUCGACACCUCGGCAUGCCAUGUCGGCUUCUCGGUUCGAGUCCGACGGUGGGAUGACGGCGUGCGGAAGGAGGUGGAAACCCUAUCCAAGCAGGGCAUCAACAGCUUUGCCCUCGACCUCGACUCGGACGAGAAGCUCUACCAGGCGCUAGACGCGUGCCGUUCGUUGGGCGUCCACGCGCGUCUGCUGCCCGAGAACCGCUCUGUUGUUGGACAGCUCGAGCAGAAGAUGCUCAACCUGGGCAUCACGGGACCCGAGGGAUUCCUGCAGUCUAGACCCGAACAGCUGGAGAAGGAGCGUGUCUCUACCAUCUGCCUGCUCAGCCAGAUCACCAACUGCCCGGUGUCGAUCCUUUCGUUAUCAUCAGCAGAGAGUGCGACGGCGUUGAGGGAUGGCCGAGAUCAAGGAGCCAUCGCGCAUCCGGAGGUGUCGGCGGUGUCGAUCUGCUCGGACGGGACGAACUACUUCAACAAGGCACCACUUUGCAUGUUCGCCUCGGGCCACAAGGCGCACUCGUCGGCGAGCAGAUGCGGCCGUGACUUUGUCGCGAUGCCAAAAGGAGUUGCCGGAGUAGCCGAACGGCUCGCCGUGCUCUGGGAGAAAGGAGUCCGAGGUGGCCGCAUCGAUCCGAUGCGAUUUGUCGCGCUCUCAUCCACAAAUGCGGCCAAGGUCUUCAACCUGUACCCCCAAAAGGGACGCAUCGCUGUGGGCGCUGACGCCGACUUGGUGCUAUGGGAUCCGAUCGUGAAGCGACGACUGUCGGUGGCCGAUUCCCAUUCUAAAGCCGAUACAUCGCCGUUCGAAGGCCUAACCGUGCAUGGCGGCGCUUCGAUCACGAUCGUCGGAGGCCGCGUGGCGUGGAAGGAGGGCGUAUGUGGGGAAGGUGGAGGCGCACAGCCACUCGUCCUGCCGCCAAACUCCCCUCAUCUGUUCGCCGUCGUGCAAAUGCGGGAGCGGUUGCAGACGUGCGCCUUCGAGAAGAUCGAACGGUCCGACUCUGAUGUGAUGGUGUCAAAUGGCGGCGGCCCGAAACGCGAGGCCAGCCCGUAUGGGGAUAAUCAACCGCCGACGGCCCGACCACGCCGUGGCCACAAUGAGAGCUCGAUCUCGUUUGGGCAUCCCGCCGACAACACCCCAGCUGCUCGGACUCGAAAUCCGCCCGGUGGCCGGACCACUGGACUAUGG